CCGGGGUACAAUGGAUCUGUAGUGUCCACCGGGACUCAAAGGGACAGUACCUGUUUGACCUCAUCUGCCAUCACCUCAACCUACUAGAGAAAGACUACUUCGGCAUCAGAUAUGUGGAUCCAGAUAAGCAGCGGCACUGGUUGGAGUUUUCAAAGUCCAUUGCCAAACAAAUGAAAUCUCAACCUCCUUUCACUAUGUGCUUGCGUGUCAAGUUCUACCCACCUGACCCCGCCGCCCUCCGAGAGGAAAUCACCAGAUAUCUGGUCUUCCUGCAGGUGAAGAGGGACCUCUACCAUGGCCGCCUGCUGUGCAAGACCUCGGACGCCGCUCUCUUGGCUGCUUAUAUCUUGCAAGCUGAAAUCGGUGACUAUGACCCCGGAAAACACCCCGAAGGCUACAGCUCAAAGUUCCAGUUCUUCCCCAAACACUCAGAGAAGCUGGAGAGGCGGAUCGCCGACAUCCACAAGACAGAGCUGAUAGGCCAAAGUCCUGAAACAUCAGAGCUUAACUUCCUCCAGAAGGCUCAGAUGUUGGAAACGUACGGAGUGGACCCGCAUCCAUGCAAGGACGUGUCAGGAAAUCCAGCUUUCCUGGCUUUCACUCCGUUUGGAUUCACCGUGCUGCAAGGCAAUAGGAGGAUUCACAUCCUUACGUGGGAUGAGGUGACCAAGCUGAAGUUCGAGGCCAAGACAUUCCACAUAUAUGCAAAUCAGACUGAGGAUCAGAAGAUCAUACUGACUUAUUUUGCGCCCACACCUGAGGCCUGUAAGCACCUGUGGAAGUGCGGUGUGGAGAAUCAAGCCUUCUACAAGUUGGAGAAGUCCAGUCAAGUUCGCACAGUGUCCAGUAGCAAUCUCUUCUUCAAGGGUAGUCGCUUUAGAUACAGGUAUCACUUGUAUGGGGAUACUUCAUGGAUUUAUAGUUGUAAAUAUGACAAUGAUGUGAAAUCGUGUUUUCUCAGUGGAAAAGUUGCGAAAGAGGUGAUGGAACAAAGCGCCAAAAUUAAGAGGGACCCGCCUGAAAUCCACAGGGCGGGGAUGGUGCCAAGCAGGAGCUGCCCAUCCAUCACGCACGGCCCUCGUUUGACGAGCGUCCCGAGGACACGACGGAGAGCAGUACACAUCUCCAUCAUGGAGGGUCUGGAGUCCCUCCGCGACAGCGCCCACUCCACGCCGGUGCGCUCCGUCUCCCACGGCGACUCCUUCCUGCCCUCCCGAGGCCGCACGGUGGACAGCAGCGAGGCGAGCGCGUCGGCGGUCAUCUCCGACGAGGCCUACAGCCCCUCGGACAGCGUCCUGCCUACGCCCGUGGCUGAACGCGGGUUGGAGACCCACCUCAACGGCGCCCCCUGCAGCGUGGACGAGGACGAGCGCGGCGCAUCGCUAGAGGCCGAGGACAAAAGAUCCGGGAGGAGAGCACAGCGGGCGCUUAAAUGCCGAGCGUCACCCCCUAGCGACAUGGAGGAGCUGCACAAGUUCAUCCUGAGCGUUCUGCGCUUGUUCCUGGUCACCAUCGGACUGCUCUUCGCCCUCCUGCUGCUCCUCAUCGUGCUGACAGAGUCCGACCUUGACGUUGCCUUCCUGAGAGACAUCCGCACGACGCCCGAAUUCCAGCAGUUCCACUUUGAGUACUUCUGUCCGCUGCGGCGCUGGUUUGCCUGUAAGCUCAGAUGGAUGGGAGGGCUGCUCAUAAGCAAGUAAACAUGGAGGAGAAAAGUUGAAACCAAGAUGGCUUCACCCAGUCAGUCAGAAGCCACGGAUUGUCCCAUGCAAGAUCCCUCUUUAUUCGUUUUGUCAGUUUGACUGGGGUAGCACUUGUUUUACUUCAUAGAGAGUUUGUGAAAUAUUUUUUUCAAAUCCAUCCAUCUUCCAGAUCUUCUAGCCUAAUGCUUUUCCAGGUCGGG